AUGUUCUUUGAACUUCGUUUAAAAGGCUCCACCGGUCAUUUCCCUGAUCUUACGUUCUACCAUUCGGAUCGGGGCUUGGCCCGAACGAUAAAUAAUGUCCACCUCAAUGCGCAUCAAAAAGGGUUUUGGUCGCCAAAGCUGCUGCGAAACCACUUUUUCCCAGCACUUGACAAACUUAACGAACGAUCUCGGCCUCCACUCGCCUACCUGAAGUUACAUACUGAUCAGAAAACAUCGGAACCAGUUUCGCAGAAUCCCAGUUCCAUUCCGAGAACUCCACGACAGCAGAAUUUUCCACUGCUGGUUACAGACGGGCAGUAUGUGGGCGGAAAUAAGCUCUCCACUUUGCUUAACGUCGAUGCCGCAUCCAGCAUGCAAAAUCAACAACGAAUUGCUGACCACAAGUUUUCAUUACGAGUGAACUUCCAUGAUACUGAUGAGGCUGACGACCACGAACACGUCAAAGAACACGCAACAUUUGACGAUGAUGAAUACAAUGACUAUUUGAAUGAUACUCUGGAUUACUUGGAGGGCCUGGAUUUGACACGUUACAGACGGAGCAGAGUUCCGAAUGUGCUCAACGACAACAACUCUCCAGAUGGAAGUUUCCUCGAUGAUUAUGAUGAUGACAUGAUCGACCGAUUUACUCCAGAUGAUAUCGACAUUCAUUCAGCUAUCAGUGGACCAGACAAUGGCUUGAAUAAGUCUGAGAAAACCAGCAAAUUCAACACUGAAGAAACUGUCGGUAUUUUCGACGAGAUUUCGAACGAUUUUCUGGAAGCUGAUACAGCGACGGUCGCACGUGGGUCAAAUAGUCAGUCGAAAGAGAUAGAUGAAGACACAGUGCUGACCGAGAAGCAUAUUGCCGCAGUAACUAUUCCUCCAAAUUAUGCUGCUACAGAAGGACACCUCAAUACGAAAGGAAAAAAAAUUAUUGCUGCCGAAGGGACAGGCGUAAGCACAGAGCGAUGGAUUCGAAGUACAGAGACUUUGGACCAGACAGUUCCACUAUACGAUCAUAUGAUGCGAGUUGAACACCCUCAUUACGAAUUGAAACAGACCACAGAUAUUAAUGCAAUGGAAUAG